AGGAAGCUCUGCUGGAAGCUGCAAAGAUCAACAACACUGCAGAGGUCAACAGGUUGGUGCUGGAAGGUGCAGAUGUCAAUGCCAGGCACAAGCUGGGCUGGACAGCUCUGAUGGUGGCAGCCAUCAGCAGGAACUCCAGUGUGGUGAAGCUCCUGCUGGCAGCUAAAGCAGACCCAAACCUUGGAGAUGACUUCAGCAGUGUCUAUGAGAUGGCCAAGGAGAGAGGCCUCCAUUCUUUGGAAGUGCUGGUGACUCGUGAGGACCACUUCAACAACCGCCUCAACGUCAGAGCCAACUUCAAGGGCUGCACCGCCCUGCACUACGCUGUGCUGGCUGAUGACUACCUGACAGUCAAGUUGCUGCUGGAUGGAGGUGCCAACCCCCUGCAGAAGAAUGAGAUGGGGCACACAGCCCUGGACUAUGCCAGGGAGGGAGAGGUCAUGAACCUCCUGAAGGCUUCAGAGACCAAGUUCCUGGAGGAGCAGCGCAGGAGGGAGCUGGAGGAGCGCCGGAGGUUUCCCCUGGAGCAGAGGCUGAAGGAGCACAUCGUGGGCCAGGAGAGUGCCAUUGCCACCGUGGGGGCAGGUAGGGAGCCCUCAGCCUCUGCCCCUGUGUCCUGCCAGGGCUUCUGA